AUGAAGAGAGAGUACAGGCUGGAUCACAGUCGCUGGGGAUGUGGACACCUACGUGAGGAAGUAGAGUUACUAAAUGGAUCUCUGGAGUUGAAUGAACAGAGAACAGUUUUAUUAAAGAGGCAAGUGGACGCAUUUGAAGCAGAAAGAAAACAGUUAAGGGGCGAUGUUGAUUUCUUGGAGGAAAGCUUAAAAAACAGUCAAGAAGGCAAUGAAGAUCUGACGUUUGAGGUUGAUGGGCUAAAGAUAAUGAUUCAGGAAAUGAAAAGGGAGAAUACGCAGCUUAGUCGCCAUGGAUGCGGACAUUUACGCGAAGAAGUAGAAUUACUAAACGGAUCCCUGGAAUUAAAGGAACAGCGAGUAACUCUGUUGAAGAGCCAAGUGGACGCCUUUAAAGAAGAAAGCUGUAGUUUUCAAAAUGUUACGCAGAGCAUGAAAAGAGAAAUAGAGAUUCUUAAGAAGGAAAAUGUGACAAAGACGACGCAGUUGCAUAAGCUAAAAUGCGAAACAUCAAAGACCAUUAGUGAUCUUAAAGAUGACAUUGCAAAGUUACAACAAGAAAAGUCUGCAUUGUCAUCGGAACUAUCAAAGGAAUCAGGAAGAGAUCACCACUUGUAUGAGUUAAGAUGUGAAAAAUCGAGUAUGACAGGAACACUUGAAGAUCAUAUAACAAGGUUGAGGAGAGAGAACUGCACUUUGACUGCAAGACUAUCAAAGGCUUACGAAAAGGAUGACCAGUUGAUUGAACUAAGAGAAAAAGUCCAACUUUUAGAGAAUCAGUUGAAAAAUGUAACUGAGGCGGCAACGGCGUCUGUGAACAGGAAAGAGAAGGAAAUGGAGGAAGAUUACCGCAUCAUAAAGAAGCAAGAUCAAACGAUCAAAAAU